AUGUCCAUGCAAGAAGAAGACCAACUGCUGGAGAUCGCAAAUGACGGCGCCAGUGUUCGAGACAACAACUCUGACGGUGUUCGGGAUAAAGUCAUGGCAGUAUGGCAAUACCAGAGAUCGCUAACACAGCGCGUGAAAAACCCUGUUGCCAUUGCCAACAUCCUAUCUGUGGAAGCCGGGGUUUUCUGCAGUGACAGCCACCAAAACAAGUUUCACCAUUUCAAUGACAAUCUGUUUCCUCUCCUUCUGUUCUUUACAGGAAAUGUGUUUGUGGUGAGUCUGGCCUUCGCUGACUUGGUGGUUGCAUUCUACCCCUACCCUCUGGUUUUGUAUGCCAUCUUCCAUGAUGGUUGGUCACUGGGGGACGCCCAGUGCAAGGUGAGUGGCUUCCUGAUGGGCUUGAGUGUCAUUGGCUCCAUUUUCAACAUAACAGGCAUUGCUAUCAACCGCUACUGUUACAUCUGCCACAGCUUCAGCUACGACAAGCUGUAUAGCUAUCGCAACACGCUGCUACUGGUGGCACUCAUCUGGCUUCUGACAGUUGUAGCCAUUGUGCCCAACUUCUUUGUCGGGUCACUGCAAUACGACCCUCGCGUCUACUCAUGCACAUUUGCACAGACAGUCAGCACCUCAUACACCAUUACAGUGGUGGUUAUCCAUUUCUUUGUUCCCAUUGCUGUGGUCACCUUCUGCUACUUGCGUAUCUGGAUCUUGGUCAUCCAGGUGAGGCGGAAGGUAAAGUCAGAGGUCCGUUCACGCAUCAAGCCCAGUGACCUAAGGAACUUUAUCACCAUGUUUGUGGUGUUUGUGCUAUUUGCCAUUUGUUGGGCACCACUCAACUUUAUUGGGCUUGCUGUGGCUAUUAACCCUGAAGCAGUGGUACCUCGCAUCCCAGAGUGGCUCUUUGUGGUCAGCUACUUCAUGGCUUACUUCAACAGUUGCCUUAAUGCCAUCAUCUAUGGCCUGCUGAACCAGAACUUCCGCAGGGAGUACAAGCGCAUCAUCAUGUCUGUGUGGAUGCCACACCUCUUCUUCCAGGAGACAUCGCGGGGGGGUACUGAGGCCAUGAAGAGUAAACCCUCACCAGGACUCAAUAAUAAUGAGCAAGUAAAAGCAGAGACUCUGUGA